AUUUUCUCAACCAAAAGGAAUUAAACAUCCGCUUACAGGCAAUGACAGUUACACAACAAAUUUAUUAAAAUUGAAUAAGCGGGCCAUAAAUCAUUACUUAUAAAUUUUCAUGCCAUUUAUUAAAAAUGGCUGCAACAAAUGACAUUCGUAUAGUAGCUGCUAUUGAUUUUGGGUGUACUUAUUCGGGUUUUGCAUGCGCACACAAAGACAGUCCCGAGGAAAUAUAUGUUCAAGAUUAUGAUGGAGGAAAUCUUGAAACGCCUACUGUACUUAAAUAUGAUAAGGAUUUUAACGUAAUAUCAUGGGGAAUUCCAGCAUUGGCAGAACGAACAAUUCGAAGAAAAAGUAAUGCAGCGGAUGACUCAAAAUCAGUGGAAUUAUUUAAAUUACAUUUAGGAAAUAUUGAAGAAAAACCAUACUUACCAGAAGGGUUAGAUUAUAAGAAAGCUAUCACGGAUUAUUUACACGAGAUUGGUAAAAUGAUGAAAAAUUACUUGUCCGAUAAAUAUAAAUAUUUAGACUUUCAUGAUCAAGUUAUUAUUAUUUUGACGAUACCCGCUGAAUUUGAUAAUAAUGCAAUAGCAAUUCUGCGGCAAUGCGCUUUCGAAGCUAAAUUAACGGAUGCAAGAAAUAGUAGAAAUUUAAAAUUUAUUACGGAACCCGAAGCUGCUGCAAUUCAUUGUAUGAAUUCUUUAAGUGGAAAUGGAAUAAAACCAGGAGAUUCAUUCAUGAUCGUUGAUUGUGGUGGUGGAACAGUAGAUUUAACAACACGACAACUUUUAGUUGAUUAUACACUCGGUGAAAUAACAGAGCGUAUGGGAGACUUUUGUGGUUCUAGUUAUGUUGAUAAAGAAUUUAUUAAGUUUCUUGAAAGAAAAGUUGGAAAGUCCACAAUUGAAAAUUUAAAGAACAAUCAUUAUCGUCAAAUGCAAUAUUUAAUCCAAGAGUUCUGUAGAAGAAUUAAAUUACCUUUUACAGGAGAUGAUGAUGCAGAAAUAUCUGAAGUAGAUAUUGAAGAACUUUGUCCAACGUUAAAGCAAUAUUGCAAAGGUAGUGAACUUGAAAUAAUGGAAGAAUUAGAAUGGGUUAUUGAACUCACAUCUGAAGAGGUUAAAAAUAUGUUUGAUCCUAUCAUUGCAAGAAUUAUUCGAUUAAUCCGAGGCCAACUAAAUUUAAACAGUGAUUGUUCUGCAAUUAUAUUGGUCGGUGGCUUCAGUGAAUCAAAAUAUUUACAGAAGAGAAUUAAACAAGAAUUUAAUCAUCAAGUAAAAAGUAUUUCAGUUCCAAUUCAUCCCAUGUUAGCAGUAGUUAAAGGAGCUGUUCAAUUUGGUAUUAAAGAACAUGUGAUCACAAAUCGUAUUUUAAAAUGGACGUAUGGAACUGAUAUUGUUCGUAAGUGGGAACCAGAUGAUCCAUUAUCUAAAAAAUUACCGAAUGGUAUGGUAAAAGUUUUCCAUACAUUAGUCGAGAAAGGAACACUGCUUACGAGCCAAGAUAAAGAUAAAUAUACAACAACUUUCAAACCGUUUUCUCUAUUUCAAAGGAAAGUUUCAUUUAAUAUGUAUAUUACAUCUAAAUCCGACGUUAAAUAUUGCGAUGAAGAAGAUGUAAGAUUACUUAAUAGUUGGGAAAUCGAUAUACCAAUUUUAGAUGAUUUCGACGAUCAGAAGAUUUUAUUCACGUUAAAUUUUAACAAUAUAGAAAUUUUAGCAACAGCCGAAAAUCAAAAAACUAAGGAUAAAUACCAAGUAUUAUUUAAAUAUGAAUAAUGAAAUACUAUUACUUUAUAGUGUAUAUUAUUGUGUAUGCUGUAUGCAUGUUCACGUAUUUGUCGGAGCGAAUAUUUCACCCGUAAUUUAUUAGUCAAAAUCUCUAUAUAUUUAACUAUGUUUUGUUAGUUUGGAUUCCUUUUCGGUACAAGUACAUUCUAUUUUCUUUUGUAUUUAUUUUCUUUUGUAUUUAAUUUCUUAGGAUUAUGGAAAUAAGUUUAAUUUUUGUUUACUUUUUGUCAUGCAUCAUUAUUACCGUUAAAAUUACCUCGAAUUAUUAAAUAUUUUACCUAUUUUUUCUGAAAAAAUCAUGUAUAAUUUUACAUUUUAAUAAAUUUUGUAACAUUAUUA